AGUCGUUGUCAUUACUCUGAUGAUAGUCAUCUACGAGUUAUAACGUAAUCGGUCAAUCUUCGAGGAAUUGUGUUUGGCUGUUGAUAAGAGAAAGCUAUAUAUAAAGUGUCGGGAGCAAGUUGCAUGACACAUUUGAGACGUCACCACGGCAAUAUUAUUAUCGAGAGAAUAGAAUAGAAUAUUUAUAUCAAGAUGCGCGCCUACGUUUUUCUGCUCGCUUCCCUGUCUCUCAUCGCCUGCGUAUGGGGUAACAAUCUGAUUCUUGGCAAACAUUUGCCCGGCGAGCUAAUCCUCCAGAAUCGAACCAUCUUCAAGCCAUCGAUACCAGGCAUGAGUCACACCGUUACUAUCGGUGCAACCGCGCCACCAGAUCACAUAAUCUCAUACUUCAGCGUAGUAAACUUGAAUCCAAAGGUGGUGAACAUAGUACCUAUUAAAGGUAACAUUGGCACCUCAUCGAUCGUCGUACUCGGGGUCGGAUUGCCUAGUUGGGGCAUAUUCAUAAAGGUUGUCGUAUACGCUGUUCCCAAAUUACCCGAAACCACCACACCAAGCACCACAACUAAACAACCACCAACGAGCCCUGAACCGAGCAGCACACCGUCGAGCACCGAACAAUCAACGAACACCAAACCAGAGACGACAACCAGCUCUGAAUGGAGCAGCACGCCGUCGAGCGCCCAACCAGACACGACAACCACCUCUGAAGGGAGCAGCACACCGUCGAGCCCCCAACCAGACACGACAACCACCUCUGAAGGGAGCAGCACACCGUCGAGCCCCCAACCAGACACGACAACCACCUCUGAAGGGAGCAGCACACCGUCGAGCCCCCAACCAGACACGACAACCACCUCUGAAGGGAGCAGCACACCGUCGAGCCCCCAACCAGACACGACAACCACCUCUGAAGGGAGCAGCACACCGUCGAGCCCCCAACCAGACACGACAACCACCUCUGAAGGGAGCAGCACACCGUCGAGCCCCCAACCAGACACGACAACCACCUCUGAAGGGAGCAGCACACCGUCGAGCCCCCAACCAGACACGACAACCACCUCUGAAGGGAGCAGCACACCGUCGAGCCCCCAACCAGACACGACAACCACCUCUGAAGGGAGCAGCACACCGUCGAGCCCCCAACCAGACACGACAACCACCUCUGAAGGGAGCAGCACACCGUCGAGCCCCCAACCAGACACGACAACCACCUCUGAAGGGAGCAGCACACCGUCGAGCCCCCAACCAGACACGACAACCACCUCUGAAGGGAGCAGCACACCGUCGAGCCCCCAACCAGACACGACAACCACCUCUGAAGGGAGCAGCACACCGUCGAGCCCCCAACCAGACACGACAACCACCUCUGAAGGGAGCAGCACACCGUCGAGCCCCCAACCAGACACGACAACCACCUCUGAAGGGAGCAGCACACCGUCGAGCCCCCAACCAGACACGACAACCACCUCUGAAGGGAGCAGCACACCGUCGAGCCCCCAACCAGACACGACAACCACCUCUGAAGGGAGCAGCACACCGUCGAGCCCCCAACCAGACACGACAACCACCUCUGAAGGGAGCAGCACACCGUCGAGCCCCCAACCAGACACGACAACCACCUCUGAAGGGAGCAGCACACCGUCGAGCCCCCAACCAGACACGACAACCACCUCUGAAGGGAGCAGCACACCGUCGAGCCCCCAACCAGACACGACAACCACCUCUGAAGGGAGCAGCACACCGUCGAGCCCCCAACCAGACACGACAACCACCUCUGAAGGGAGCAGCACACCGUCGAGCCCCCAACCAGACACGACAACCACCUCUGAAGGGAGCAGCACACCGUCGAGCCCCCAACCAGACACGACAACCACCUCUGAAGGGAGCAGCACACCGUCGAGCCCCCAACCAGACACGACAACCACCUCUGAAGGGAGCAGCACACCGUCGAGCCCCCAACCAGACACGACAACCACCUCUGAAGGGAGCAGCACACCGUCGAGCCCCCAACCAGACACGACAACCACCUCUGAAGGGAGCAGCACACCGUCGAGCCCCCAACCAGACACGACAACCACCUCUGAAGGGAGCAGCACACCGUCGAGCCCCCAACCAGACACGACAACCACCUCUGAAGGGAGCAGCACACCGUCGAGCCCCCAACCAGACACGACAACCACCUCUGAAGGGAGCAGCACACCGUCGAGCACCGAACCAGAGACGACAACCAACUCUGAAUCGAGCAGCGAAGAAACAAGUACCGAAUCAAACAAAUCGAUAAACUCUGAUUCAAAUAGCGUGGAAUCAAGCUUUCCACGACACAAAUCCGGCGAAAAGUCUGAAAAUAAUCGAUUGUGGUGGAAAUGGAUCCGAUCUCGAUUCUGA